AUCUGUCAUUGCCAUUUGCGAACGAAACGAAAUGCGAAUUGACAAUUUGUGUUUGCAAUUUUGUAAUUUUUACGUUGAUAUUUGUUAUUUUGCAAUCGCCGAAAGUUCAAAUAAAUUGUUGAAGAAAUUUAUCGAUACAAUUUUUUUGUUUAAUUGAGCAUUCAAAACAUGGAGGGCUUUAUUGAAGUUAAUGAAAUAUCGGAUUUUUAUUCGUACUUAAAGAGCAUUGAAUGGAGGGACCCCUGGCUUAUAGCUCUUUUGUCUUUUCAUGUUCUUGUCACAUUCACCUGUUUUUCAACUAGAAACUAUGGGAAUUUCCAAAUUAUUCUAUUCAUAACACUGUUGUUACUCGUAUAUUUCUCGGAGAGCAUAAACGAAGUGGCCGCCAAAAACUGGACAUUGUUUUCAAGGCAACAAUACUUCGAUAGCAAGGGCUUAUUCAUAUCAGUGGUCUUCUGCAUACCAAUAUUAUUGAACUGCAUGAUAAUGGUGGGUUCAUGGUUAUACCAAUCAACACAGCUAAUGACAAACCUGAAGAAGGCGCAGUUGAGACAACGCCUAAAAGAAAGGAACAUGCAAAGAGAGCAGCAGAACUUGAAGUCGGAGUAAGAAACCUUGAAGUCAAUUAUGUAUGAUAAUUAUCAAAAUUUCGUAGACUUCUGAUGCGACUGUUUCAUCUCUUAUAAUACAAUUAUACACAAAAUGCUAUAAUUAUCUGGUUAAGAUAAUAUUUAACACAAUUGUUAUUCGCCUGUGUGACGUAAUUUUCGCAGUGAUAAAACUGUUGUAAUUGCCUUGUUGCUUGCUAAUUAGUUGGUAAUUUUAGUCCGACGUUCAUUCGUUCAAAAGUACCUAUUUGUAUUUUUAAACUAUGCAGAUGUGUAGAGUACAGUAAUAAUUUUACAUCAGGAAAUCAUUAACGGGGAAGGUUUUUUAUUCACCGCCCUUGAUUUAAAAAUAAUUUAACUAUGUAUUUGGACACUAUUUGUUGAAAGCAAUAUUUUGUGAGAACUAAAGUCACCGACAUAGCUGAACGUGUCGCGAAGCUGAAGUGGCAAUGGGCGGGGCACAUAGUUCGAAGAGCCGAUGGCCAUUGGGGUCCCAAGGUGCUGGAGUGGUGACCCCGCACUUGUAUUAAAAAGCGCAGUGUUGGUCGACCCCCCACGAGGUGGACUGACGACAUCAAGCGAGUCGCAGGUAUUCGCUGGAUGCAGGUAGCUCAGUAUCGUGAUCUUUGGAAGUCCCUACAAAAGGCCUAUGUCCUGCAGUGGACGUCCAUCGGGCGACAUGAUGAUGAUGAUGAUGAUGAAUAUUUUGUGAUGACCCCCGACGCAGUCAAGUUAAGUUUGACGUGACUGUCUGUCUGUGGCACCAUAACCCCCGAACGAAUGAAGCGAUUUCAAUUUAAAUCGGUUGAGCCAUUUAAAAGUUGUGGGGGUGAAAGUGGGGAAGAGUAACCGAAUGUCUGCAAAUAUACUCGAGUGGGGUCUCAAAUGAAAGCGCACUGAAAGAGAUUUGAUGGAGAGUGUAAUUAAUAAAUUCAUGACAUUCGGGGGUUUUUCAAAGUUUUAAAUUUUAUAAAAUCUGUCAUGACAUUUGGUUCACGGUGGCUUUGGGAUAAACGCAUCUUCAGUCGUCUACCUAUGUAACCAGCAAUUCCCCAAAACCCUGUGUAGUGUUUAUAUAUACUAAAUAAAUACCUACAAUACUACAUACACUAUCUCAUGUACAUUGGUAGUGGGGGCAAUGAGUCAGUCUGUCACCGGCGUUUGACCUAAGUGGUCGUGCGCGGUCUGAUUGCCUUUCUAGUGUUUAGCUUCUCUUAUAGUAAGGACGAGGGUCCUUACACCCUCUAUUUGGCAAAGUUGCCGGUAGAAGGAGAUUAAUUUAAUUAAUAUCAAGUCACCAUAUUGCUAACAAAUAAUGCAUAAUGCUUGCCAUCUCAGAAGUAUCAGCCAUCCAAUGCGGUAGACACAAUUCAUUAUUCAAAAAUUAUUGUAUUUUUAAUUAUUUAUUGUUUGAAUUUAUCUUAAAAACAUAGUUUAAGAAUACAAGUACCUACUCGAUUUAAUCUUGUCUCUUUUACUGCAAUUAGUUCUUAUGAAAAUUGUUUUUUUUUUUUCGAAAUACAUAAUUUUUCUCUCUGACGUUGUCGUAUAGGUAUGCACUAUGCAAUGCUUUACAACUUGGGAGUUCGUGAAGUUCGAUUCCCAGCUUGCUAAUUAGCUUAGUUUUGGAGUUGUUGGGUAAAUAACACCUAUCAGUCUAAUAUUAGGUAUCGCAGACGACAAAUUGACAUUAAUAUACGUUGCCUUAUGCAAACAAAUAAACCGAUAAAAUCGCUCAUAAUUUAAACCGCAUCUUCAAUCAACAUCGAGUGUGACUCCCAGUCAAGCGUUAUUUUAUCGUCGUGUAAAAAAUCUUCUCUUAUACAGGGUGUCCCUUGAUUAAUGGAUAAAAUGCAAAUGGUAGAUACGCCAUCUAAUCAACUAAAACUAAUUUGAAUAGUUUUCCAAAGAUACCUAGGGUGACCAAAUUAUAUUAUUUUUCCGGAUUAUUAAAUUUUUUUCUUUCUUGAAUCAGGGUGACCAAGUACCCUAGGGAUUUUUGGAAAACUAUUCAAAUUAGUUUUACAUAAUUAGGUAUUUAUCUACCAGUUGCGUUUUAUCCAUUAAUUACGGGACACUCUUUAUAAUCAAAUGUAAAUACUUGUAGAUGUAGUAAUGACGUCAGUUUUCUUAUACACAAAACUUUAACUGCUACAAAUUUAAGAAAACAUCUAAAAUAGCAUGAAUCAACGUCCACGGCUUCGGCCAAAUAUUGGUCACAAAUGGCUUUCAAUAACACAUAUUGUAACGUGCUUUCGUAUUCUGUGUCAAUUAUUGUGUGCGGCCAUAUUAAUUUGUGCAAUAUAAAUAUUAAUAAAUAUGAUUAAAUUAUACUUAGAUAUAUGAAUAAUGUGUACGUGCGCAAAUGUAUUUAGCUUGUUUUAAACACAACACAUAUUGAUCAAAAAUGACUGCCAUUUUAGAAUCAUUUAUACUUUUGUUGUCAUCAUAAAUUUUAAUGUAAAACAUUCUAUAAAGGUUUUGUUUAAACAGGGAUGUUUGGGAAUUUUGGGGUGUGUGUGAAGAUAUAUAUAUAUAUAUAUAUAUAUAUAUAUAUAUAUAUAUAUAUAUAUAUUCGUUUGUAUAUUCAGUAUUCAUUUGUAGUUUCUUAACUUAGCUAUUGUAGAAAAUGAUGAUGACCUAAAAUAACGUAGCUAAUUUGGAUAUUAUCCAUGCUGCAUCAGUGCAUCUUCUCAAUUCAAUCCAUACUAAAAAUCAGCAGAAAGACGCAUAACUGUCUGCGUAGCACAGGGAUGCGGGGUAUGCCAAUAUAUGCGUGUACGUUUGUAGCUGCGAUAACGAGUUAUUUGUAUAAAGUUGUUACGACAGUGGUAGUAUAAAUAAAAGGGUAUUUGUUGAUUUGAUUUCAGUUGUUUGUUAGGCAGCGUAAACGCUUUCACGCUAGUCGCGUUAAUAACUUUGUGCAAUAAUGUUUUGUGGUGUUAUUAUUAAUCAUAAAUUGUUUAGUGUGAGCAUAGAGAACAUGUCGGGCAGGGGAGGUGAUUGUUAAUGCAUUCAAAGGGAUCCCUUAAACCUACACUCAAGGUCACAAGUCCCGGGACAUGCUCGAGGUGUUUCCUCUACUACAAAAUGAUGGUACGUUCAUUGUAGCUGCUACCCGUCACGUUAUAUAAGUCCUGCCAAAGUUGCACUCAAUAUAUGACUCCAUUUGCUUCUAUCGCCACCCUAUACAGGUUGCUCGGGAGUAUUUGUCAUAACUUCAAGGUACCGAACUGAAAUAGGAACGUAACUAAUAUUUUAUUAACUAUAAAAAAAGAAAAAAACAUUUUUCCAUACAAAGUACAAUACGAUUAUCCAUGUAACACACGCCUUUAGGUAACAAAGUGACAACGUUGCAUUUUAAAAUAUAAAUACGUCAUAAGGAUGCAUUUUCAGAUCUAUUUAAAAAUAAAUAUUAUUAACCCUAGAGUUAUGCGAAACACUCCCGAGCCCCAUGUAUAGUCAUAACCCAGCUACCCCUGUACUGCGCAAUUGAGUUAUGCAGUUUGCCUAUAGAUACGCACUUCAGAAAUAUCCUUACGCAUCCUUGGUAAGCAAACAGGUUAGGUUAUUUAAUAUUACGAAUUUAAAAAUUAAUGUAAUAACCCUGUCAUAUAACACUGUGUGUUCCAUCAGAUUUAAUUACUAUACUAUAAGAAUUAAUAGCGCUUUAUUAUUAUUAUAUUAAAUUAUAUAAUAAAUGUAGCUUGGUAAUAUAGAAUAUAAGAAGCCGUUACAUUGUGGAACUUCAUGAUUUACAACAACUUAAUUAUUAUGUAUUUUUAUUUUCUGUGGAAACGUGGCUCGAUGCGACAUUUUACUCUCUACGCUCGUGCCACCUUCGUUAUUAGAGAAUCACCAGCAGCCCUAAGAUAUAGCAUAAGUAUCGCUCACUCUUUCGUUAAUAAGGGACGAACGUGAGAGCGAUAUUUGGACAAAUUUAUCUCGUUAUCACUUGGGGGUUUAAAAAAGGAUCCUGAGCGUCGCGAGGUAUUCAAAGCCACGAGAUGUAAUUAAAUUUGCUGCCAUGCGCAACACGAUAUUUUUCAUCUCAGUACAGCGAGGAAGAAGUAUAAUAAAAUCUUAGCCUUUGCAAGUGAGAUGAAAAGCAUAUUUGUUGUAGAUUGUAAUGUGAUAUUUUUAUUAAAGUAUUCCGUGUCUUAAAAAUUUGUUGAUUUCAAUCCAGCUAACUUGACUCGAACUUAUUUGCUCUAUAACGUUUAAUUUAUAAUCUAUUAUUUGGCCAAAAGCCGACCCAACAAAAUCCGAGCCAACCUGAUCCUAUGUGACCUUAUUUGACCAAAAAAUCUAACUCAAUCCGACCUUGUUUUAAUUUAAAGGAAAAGCUACAUUUCUUUUGGUAAAAUUUGUCAAUAAAUUCAACUAGUGUGUUAAUCAUUUAUCUAUAAACUAAAAAAAAUUAAAUAAAAAUAGAUGUCAUAUAAAGUUGGUAAGUUAUGAUGAGAUGCGUUAUAGUGUUUAAGAAUUUAUAUUUGUAUAAAUGAUGUGGAUAAGUUUAGGUUAUUGGUAGGUAGGUAUAUUUUCUUCCUUUCGGAAGACAUUUUUUUCUUUGAAUUUACCUAGUGAGGUGUAAAAAGCUAAAUUAUACUAUUACACUAUCAUCUGCCUGUAAGUGGUUGCUAAGCAACGGAUUUUAUAAACGGGUUUCGAUGGCAUGCGUCCCUCUAUAUCACAAUGUAACAUACAGCUGUAAUGCCUAGUUCGGACUACUUUAGUAUUUAAGUCGAGUACGAACGAUUUUUGGGCGGUAGCAUAUAGUUUAGUAUGCUACUCGACUAAAAUGCUAAAGUAGUCCGAACUAUGUUCGAUCGAUGGCUUUUGUGCUGUUAUGUUACUACUACAUUGUCAAUCCAUCAUAAUGUGAAUUUUAAUGGAUUGACAUGGGAUUUAUUAUAUUUUAUAUACAUAUAUAAUACGAGUAUAUAGAACAAGUAAACAUUUGAAGUACCUAACAUAAUAUGGUAUUGGGAAAGUGUACUUAAUUACAGUUUAAUUUCUACAAUUUCAUUUCUACAUUUUAUAUUUCAAAAAUAAUUCAUUCUAAUUUGAUGAUAAUUUUGAACUUACACGAUAAGUUAUUUAAGUUGUUUAUUGUGAUAUUUAAAAAACUAGAUACAAGGUAUAUUUCGUUCACAGAAUUCAAUAGAAAAAUAGACUUUUCACAACGUUUCCUGCAGAUACAAGUUCAUUUAAGUAAAUCUGUCAUUUAAGUUGACGACGUUAAAAAUGAAAAAUUAGCACUCACUUUUCACCUUGACAAAGCUCUAUUGCUCAAUGGACCCACCGGAGCCUGAUCAUCCCGUCUCUCAUAGUCCACUCGCUGUAGACAGAAGGUCAGGUUGAAUGCCAGUUUGUUAACCAGUAAGCGCCCCGUCGUUGUCAACGAGUGGUCAUUAUUGCCCUGUCCGCGAAUAAAUGAGUGCUUGGUCAGAGAUAGUCAGUAGGUCCACAGGUAUGUAUCAUCGAUGCAUCGUGCUCAUGCGUGAAGGUCCGUUUAUAUCUACAGACAUUUAGCGUGCCAGACACAUGCCGUGACAGACAAAAUAAUAUUCUUCUAUACAGUGUUUAUUAACGGGUUUAUGUGAAUCGUAACGCGGCCGCGCAGACGUUGACAGACACAGGCCGCGCCCGGCCAGUAUUCGCGGAAAGAAUAUUUCGUCUGUGUGGUUCAUGUCUGUGUCCUUUUCAUGAAAUAUGAACUAAAAUUGACAGCGCCUUGUAGAUGACAAUAAAACCGCUAUUAUCAAAUGACAAUUAGCGCCAUUAAGACAUAAGCGCCGCAUCUGGGGGACUUCUUUCAUGAAAAGGACUUCAAGUAGUGUAGCUACCUGCUGGGCAGUGUAAAUAGACAGUGUCUGUGGAUGACUGCCACGCUACUUGUCUGUAACGCACUAUGUCUGUAGAUGUAAACGGACCUUGAACCACGCGAAAAUGCGCGUGGAAGCUGAUCAGGCGUCAGGUGGGUCCAACAGGCUAUGCCAUCUUUAUUACCAUAGAUAUGCAUAUUAGGUAUUAUUAUUGUACGUAGUCUGAAAGUCGAGUCCUACAAAAAAGUUGAAAUGGAACGCUUUCUUGAUAGGUCCAAGCACAUAGAAUUUUGCUAGAACUCUGAUACUUUUGGUUCUCUUAUAGUCAGUAAUUAAGCGUUAUUCAUAGACCCUUCCGUGAAUAAAUGGAAGGGUCCAUGAAUGAAGCUUAAUUACCGACCCAAAUCGAGGGUCAGGAGGUUGCGAAAGAAGGAUGGUCGAAUGCAUAUGCAUAUGCAGGGCCAUGUUGUUUACAAAGGUUUGCCUUGAACCAGAGACUGAUUGAGUAUGUUACACGAUCUAGAUGGAUAUGUAUUUAGAAAAAUUGUAGUUUAACAGCAGAACAAUAAAAUAGCGGAAAACGAUAGCUUUGUUAGUUAUGUAGACAUAAGCUUCGACUCGAUGUAUCGCAUACAGCGGGUCGCACGCAUAAUUUUGCGUGCUCACACGUUUUACAUUUUAAACCAAACGAAAAAAUGCUCAUGCAUUGUUUUGGUCGCAACUCACCAAUUUGCAAAAGUACGUUUUGAAUGUGCGAAGCGUCGCGUAGCCUUUGAAGGAUCGUUUGCUAUGUGUGAAUUACGACCUCACGCUCGAUAUUUUAUUUCGUUUGGUGCAUAAUGUCACGCGUUAGUAUGCAAUGCCGGCUUUAUCCUUUAUAGCGCCUGGGUGUAUUCAAGACCCUGGCGCCCUCUUGGAAAAUGGAAUUCUUAGCGAUAAUUUUUCACUAGAAAACUUGGAGAAAAAGAAAGAUGUGCUUAUCGGGAAAUCAAUAAAAUUAUAUUAAAAAUAAUGGCUCGUUUAUACCUACUAAGUUCGUUUAGUAACUGCUAAGUAACAUGAGAACAAGGUCUUUGAAGCAUCGUGAGCGCUGCUGCUCUAAAACUGCUUCCGUAACGACUUACGCCAUAGAUAUAGUCGGCAUUGUAAGUACAUAUUAAGUGAUUGAGAUAUACAAUAAUUUUUGUAUAAAAUGAAAAAUCUGUGAAUUCUAGAGGUUUUUACACAACACGAAUAUGCGUAGCAUGAAUGAUGUCCCGCUGUAGUGUGUUACAAUGUUGUAAUAGUCAACGGCGUAGCUACUCAGGGGCAAGGCGGUGCAAUGCCCCGGGACCCCUUAAGCUCAGGGGGCCCUCGAAUCCUUCCCAAAAUCGCGAUCGAACGAUAGAAAAUUUCGAAAACGUAAACGUAAAACGUAGAACUGAUGAUAAAGUAGCUUGGCAUUUUUUUUUAUAUUUAAUAUUUUUAAUUGAUAAGACCUAACCAGAUCAGAUAGUAUGAUAGAUGGGACCCCAUUUUUUUGUUUGCACCAGGACCCUUGGUUACCUAGCUACGCCACUGUUGGUAGCCAUUAUAUGAUCAAUAAAGAAACCAUUUAUCACUUUAGCAAAAUAGUUGUGGAGUAUUGCGUUACAGUUGUGUAAGGUCCUUUAGAGUUUUCAGUAAAAAAAAACUAUGAGUAAUUUAACAUCGAAUUUAGUCUAUUGUUACAAUUAUCGUUAACAUGCUUCAUAGAUUAAUCAGGUUUAAGCAGUUCUUCAUAUGAAAUGAAACUCUAGUAACAAGGUAGUAAGGUACAUUUUACUAUGAAAUCAUACAUGCUUAGAUCUAAUUAACGUUUAUAACUGAGAUUGUUUUAUUUUUGUUUAUUGAUCGCGCAUUUAAAAUUGCGUUGAAUUAAUUGAUCAUCACAUUGUAAUUGCUUUUAAUUAUAUGAUCUGUGUAGUUUGAGUUCACCCAAUUAUUAUAAUGUUAGAGUAUCUCAUUUAAUUCUAAGAAGUGCCUGUGCGCGAAUGUAUAAAAAUAAUUUUAAGGUUUAUACUAAGGACAUGAAUUACAGCAUUUUCUUACAUGAUUCACGGUGGAUUUUAAAUGUUUUGUUUCUCACAAUGACGUUGCAUAAUAUUUGCCUAAUCCAUUUUUAUAAUUACAGUCAUCCGAGUGGUUAAGAAUAUAUUUAUGGAUGCUUGAAUAAACUAUUAUGUUACAAAAUAAA